GAUAAAUAAUACUUAAAUAACACUGAGAUCAUAAAAUACUAUAAAACAAUAAAUACAAUAAAAAUAUUAAACAGAAAACAUUACUGACAGACAGACAUAGAUAGAGAAAAUCAAUAAGACAUUCAAGAAAGAAGUGUAAAAACUGGUUAAAAACGUAAUACUUCAUAAAUUAUAAAUAUAAAUUCUAAAAACUAAAACGGAAAUAAAAAUAAAUUAAAGGUAACAGAAUAAAAACAAACAGAAAGCAUUACUGAUGUUUCAAUACAAGAAUGAUAGUUCUUGAACAUUAGCAGAGGACUUUCUAGAAAGGUUGAAUAUCUGGAGUUUCUUAUUUCGUUUUUCAUGAAAGAGCGAAAUUUGACGCUGCUCCCUAUCCGCUAAGAAGUUUUCCCUCGUUUUUAUUGGCUGAGACAGAAGACUGGCGCGGUUGUUCGAGGAAGUUUACGCUGUCAGAACGGGUUUUUCUUUAAUGAGAAGUAACGUGAUAUGUCUAUAUAGCCAUCUGUGAUCUCACUAUAAUUACACGGGAAAAGCGACAGAUUUAGAUAUGAACUUUAGUCAUGUUUCGUUGACACUGUGAGGUGUUUAUCGCCAGUGUGACUCGGCUAAAUGCAGUGUUGAACUGUGUAUGAGAGAAUUGGACCUGAUCCGGAUUACAUGACAUGGAGAGCAAGACUAGUCGGUUUCCUUUUCCUUACCAGCCCUAUUCUAUCCAGGAGAGCUUCAUGGAGGCCCUUUACACUGCUCUGGAUCAGGGGAAAGUCGGUAUAUUCGAGAGUCCCACUGGCACGGUGAGUCUGAGCAUGAGAUCUGUUCAUCUCACUGUCUUGGGUAAGAAAACAGUGGAUGUUUGUGCUUUCAUGUGUUUGAUCUUGCAGGGAAAGUCUCUGAGUCUUAUAUGUGGUGCCCUGACAUGGCUGAGAGACUAUGAGGAGCAGAAGAAACAGGAGGCUGCUAGACUUCUGGAUGGACCGGAGAAGAAGUGUGAUGCUGUGAAGGAGGAGAACAACAGCAGCCAACCAUCAGAGCCAGACUGGGUGUCUGAGUUUGUGCAGAAGAAAGCAGAGAGAGACAUGGUGAAUAAGUUAAAGGAUGAAGAACUGAAACGGAAGAAGCGAGAGGAGAGACUGGAGAUGAUCCGACACAAUGCCCAGCUCAGAUAUGCCAUGAAGAGAAAAGCCAGUGAAGAAGAUGAGGCUGUGAAAUUACUGCAGCUCAGCAAAGAGGGGGCGGAGUCAGAGAUACACAGUCCAGAGGAGGAGGGGCUUAUUGUAGCAGAAUAUGAGAGUGAUGAUGAGGCCACGCCCAAGAGCAGGCUGUGUGAUGAGGAUGAUGAUGAAGAUCUAGAGGAGGAUCAUGUCACUAAGAUUUAUUACUGUAGCCGAACUCACUCUCAGCUGGCUCAGUUUGUGCACGAGGUGCAGAAGAGUCCAUACGGGGCCGCUGUCCGCUUGGUCAACCUGGGAUCCAGACAGAACCUGUGCAUUAAUCCAGAGGUCGUCCGGCUCGGAAACGUCCAAAUGAUGAACGACCGCUGUUUAGAAAUGCAGAAAAACAAACACGAGAAGCGAGAAAAGGCGUCAGACUCUGAGACGAAACGCCGUCGUGGCGUUGCUAAGGCAACAUGUCCCUUCUCAGGCUUUGAAAAUUUGAUGGCGAUGAGGGACGAGGUCCUGGUGAAGGUGCGAGACGUGGAGCAGCUCCUGCAGCACGGCCGGGAGACACACACGUGUCCUUACUACAGCACACGGAUGGCCAUACCUGCAGCACAGGUGGUAGUGUUGCCGUAUCAGUCGCUGCUCCAUGCGUCCACCCGUAAGGCGUCGGGGAUCAAACUAAAGGAUCAGAUUGUCAUUAUAGAUGAGGCUCAUAAUUUGACUGACACAAUCUCAGCCAUACACAGCACAGAAAUCAGUGGAGCACAGCUCUGCAGGGCUCAUUCACAGCUCUCUCAGUACUGUGAGCGCUACAGAAGUCGAUUGAAGGCCAAAAAUCUGAUGUACAUCAAACAGAUCCUGUUUGUGCUGGAGGGUCUUGUGCGCACACUUGGAGGUAAAGUGGGUCAGAAUCCGAACACUCAGUCCUGUCAACCAGGAAGCGAGCUGCUGACUAUCAAUGACUUCCUGUUUAAGGCUCAUGUUGAUAACAUAAACCUAUUUAAGGUUCAGAAAUAUUUCGAGAAGAGCAUGAUCAGCCAAAAGCUAUGUGGAUUUGUGGAGAAAUACGAAGGCAGUGGUGUAAACAUACACUCCAGCUCUAAAAACAAAGAAAAUCGUCGCACAGAAGGACUCGGACGCUUCCUGCAGACGCUUCAGAACAAGCCUACAGAUGUUUCAGAGCAGCAGGUGGCAGUAGAAGACAAACCAAUCAUGGCUUCUCCAAUGAUGCUGGUUGAAAGUUUCCUGUUUGCCCUCACCAACGCCAACAAAGACGGACGAGUCGUGAUACAAAAGCAGGCAUGUCUUUCUCAGAGCAGCCUGAAGUUUCUCUUGCUAAACGCCGCAGUUCACUUCGCACAGAUCGUCCAGGAGUGCAGGGCCGUGAUCAUCGCCGGGGGAACCAUGCAGCCCGUUGCUGAUUUUAAAGAGCAGCUUCUAUUUUCCGCCGGCGUCCCAGAAGACCGUAUUUUAGAUUUCUCAUGUGGUCAUGUCAUACCCCCUGAGAACAUCCUACCCAUAGUCCUUUGCGCCGGCCCCUCAGGACAACGGUUGGAGUUCACUUUUCAAACUAGAGACACACCACAGAUGAUGGAGGAGACAGGCCGCGUUCUAUCAAAUCUCUGUAACAUAGUGCCGGGGGGCGUGGUCUGUUUCUUCCCCUCCUACGAAUAUGAGAAGAGGAUUCUGGGACACUGGGAGAGUACUGGCAUCCUUCAGCGGCUACAGUCUAAGAAGAAGAUUUUCCAGGAGCCGAAAAAAGCUAGUCAGGUUGAGCAGGUGCUCAGUGACUAUUCCAAGUGUAUACAGCACUGCAGUAAUGGCGGAAGUGGCCAGACAGGGGCGCUGCUGUUCUCUGUAGUUGGAGGGAAAAUGAGUGAAGGAAUCAACUUCUCUGAUGACCUGGGCAGAUGUAUCGUCAUGGUUGGAAUGCCAUAUCCCAACAUAAAGUCACCAGAGCUGCAGGAAAAGAUGGCAUACCUGGACAAGCACAUGCCUCACAUUGGUGGUAAAAGUCCUGGGAAGGCGUUGAUUGAGAAUCUGUGCAUGAAAGCUGUCAAUCAAUCUAUUGGUCGUGCGAUCCGUCAUCGUGGCGAUUACGCAUGUAUUGUGCUGUGUGACCACCGAUACGCCCGACCAGGCACGCUCCAGAAACUUCCAGAAUGGAUUCGAUCCAGCACACAUACGCACACGACAUUUGGUCCAGCCUUCGCCAGUGCCAGGAAGUUCUUCCUGGAGAAGCGACAGAGACCGCCGGUCUGAGGCCAUCGACUCGUCGGGACCGAGCCGCGUGUGUAAAAAUACUAUGGUGUGUCCUGCAUUAUGGAUGUUUGUUUGACUACUCUGGCCUUGUGAAUUAUUGAGGCGGAGUUCUGUCGCCUCUGUCCCCAGGUUCUGCAUGUGUUUUUAAUUCUGUUCUUGAGUUUCAUUUAAAUAAAGCUGAUUUUACAAGACUGGAUUGGUUUCUGUGUUUGUAAUCUG